CUGGCACGGCGCGGAUGGUGCGUGCCGCCUAGGCCUUGGUCAGGAUGAUGCUUGACGCGACGCGUCCGUGAUGCGGUAGGGCGUCUUUCUCGACGAGCGGUAGGUAGGCCGGCUUGGUGACGGGCGGGACAGGACGGGCGCGCUCGCGUUGUGUGCGCGGUAGUACUGUAAGUAAGUUGGGCAGGCUGCGGCCGCCGCUCCAGCCUUGCCAGAGCUAUCAGCGACUCAAUCGCCAACGACGACAGCCGCAAGAGAAGAACGUCGUAGCGGCGGCGGUGGCGGUGAUAAUGGUGAAAAUGCAUGCAUGGAAGCAACAACCAUCCCUCGCGACCGCGCCCUGCGCCCCCACACGGCCACCGCACAAGCCGCGCGCCGUGCACCAUUUCCGCCCCGAAAACGAAACCCACAACGCGAUCCUUCGUCGCGGCCCCCAAGCCGCAAGAGCGCAGGGCCAAGGGCGUGCGCGGGUCGCCCUCAUGCUGGGCCCUCGCUUCGAUUCUGCCUUCGGCUUCGAACUUCGAAAAGGCCGCGUCUGGUCGCGGGCCCCCGUGGUGCCUGGAUAGCUUACCGUGGUAGGCACGCACUGCUGUUAGCGACCGAGAACGCGCUGAUCGCGUGGGGGAGCGCGGAUCCCUGCUGCUGCGGAGCCGGGGUGCUGGCUCUCUGUCGUCGUGGUUGGGAUUGUUCGCCCCCUCUGUUGUUACUGCGCGUGUCGAUGGGACUGAGACAUGUUCAUUUCCCGCGGCUUGGUCUGAGCAUGCUGCUGCCGAGGGCCUGGUUGGCGGUGUGGUUGCGUUCGAGAAUCGCGAUUGAAGGUGCGUGGAUGGUUGCUGUUUCGAUUCACACUCUUUCUUUGGGAGACGAGGCCGUGGAUGUCGAGCCCUAGGUGCCAGUAUUCGACACGGCACCAAAGAAUUGUUCUUACAUUGUCAACGAUGCGUCCUACAAUAUCUUCUUUUAGUCAAAGCUUUUUCGCCCUACACAGAUUAGAAGAAACCCCACUUACAAUUCCAACCGAAAGGAUUCUCUCCCACA